AUGCUCCGCGAGUAGCUGCCGCGCUUCCGGGUGCGGGCCCUGCCCGGCACGGCGUGAGGGGCCCGGGGGUGGGCGGAGGGCGAAAUUUCUCCUACCGGAUGUGAACGGAAGGAGCGGGCGGUGGAGGAGGGAGCCGCGGCCGGACCAUGAGGCUCCGACUGUGGCUGGUCCCUGCCCUGGUGGUGCUCUGGGGGUCGGGCGGUGUAGAGGCGCUGGGGCGCCCUCCGCGCCGGCAGAGCUACGACACAGUUGAGUCCAUGCUUUCAGACUACGACAUCCUUUCUCAGUCUAGCAUCCAGCAACACUCACUGAAGAAGAGGGACCUCCAGCCUGAGACACACGUAGAGAGGCUCUUAAGUUUUUCAGCUCUGCAGAGGCACUUUAAAUUAUACUUAACUGCAACUGCUGAACACUUUUCAGAAAGAUUUCAAGCAUUAAUUGUGGAUGGUGAAGGCAAGGAAAAGGAGUAUCGUGUUCAAUGGCAGGACUUCUUCACGGGACAUGUGGUUGGAGAGCAUAAUUCCAAAGUUGUGGCACAUAUUGGGGAUGAAGAUUUUACAGUGAGAAUCAGUACUGAUGGAGAAGAAUAUAAUAUCGAGCCACUGUGGAGAUUCAUAGAUAAUGUGCAAGAUGAAAGACUGCUUGUCUACAGAUCUGAAGAUAUUAAAGACUUCUCAAGACUGCAGUCCCCCAAAGUGUGUGGUUAUUUAAAGCUGAACGAAGAAGAACUGCUGCCAAAAGGACUGGAAGACAGGAAACAAAAUGAAGCAAGCAUCCAUCGGGAGAAAAGAGCCAUUCCAGAGACCUCCAAAAACACAUGCAAGAUGCUGGUAGUAGCGGAUCAUCGUUUUUUCAAGUAUAUGGGCCGUGGGGAAGAAAGUACUACUAUCAACUAUUUGAUUGAAUUGAUAGACAGAGUAGAUGACAUCUACCGAAACACUUCCUGGGACAAUGGAGCCUUCAAUGGGUACGGCAUACAGAUAGAGCAGAUUAUCAUCCAUAAUGAGCCCAAUCUUGUAAAACCUGGAGAAAAGCAUUACAAUAUGGCAAAAAGUUACCCCGAUGAUAAGAAAGAUGCCUGGGAUGUGAAAAUGCUGCUAGAGCAAUUUAGCUUUGAUAUUGCUGAGAAAGCAGCUCAUGUGUGUCUUGCUCAUCUCUUCACAUAUCAAGAUUUUGACAUGGGAACACUUGGAUUGGCUUAUGUUGGCUCUCCCAGACCUAACAGCCAUGGUGGCAUUUGUCCUAAAGCUUAUUACAGUCAAAUUGCAAAGAAGGACAUCUAUCUGAACAGUGGCUUAACCAGCACCAAGAACUAUGGCAAGACCAUCCUCACAAAGGAGGCUGACCUGGUUACGACGCAUGAACUCGGGCAUAACUUUGGAGCAGAGCAUGAUCCUGACAGUCUGCCGGAAUGUGCCCCCACUGAAGACCAGGGAGGGAAAUACGUUAUGUAUCCAAUUGCUGUCAGUGGAGAUCAUGAAAACAACAAGAUGUUCUCAAGCUGCAGCAAAAAAUCCAUCCAUAGGACCAUAGAGAUCAAGGCCCAGGAGUGCUUCAAAGAGCGCAACAACAAAGUGUGUGGGAACUCCAGGGUGGAUGAAGGGGAGGAGUGUGAUCCUGGCCUCUUGUACCAGCAGGCUGAUCCCUGCUGCUCUGCAGACUGUAAACUGAAAGAUGGUGCCAAGUGCAGUGAUCGGAACAGUCCCUGCUGUAAAGGCUGCCAGUUUGAAAGUGCACAGAAGAAAUGCCAAGAAGCCAUAAAUGCUACUUGUAAAGGAGAGUCUUUCUGCACUGGGAACAGCAGCGAGUGCCCCCCUCCAGGGAAUGCUCCAGAUGACACAGUCUGUGUGGACAUGGGGAAGUGCAAGGAUGGGGAAUGUGUCCCUUUCUGCGAGAGGGAGAAGAACCUGCGGUCAUGUGCAUGCAAUGAAACGGAUAACUCGUGCAAGGUGUGCUGCCGGGACGAGCAGGACCGGUGCGUACCGUACGUCGAUGCCAAUGACCAGUUCCUGUUCCUGCGCAAGGGGAAGCCCUGCACCGUGGGCUUCUGUGACACCAACGGCAAAUGUGAGAAGCAAGUACAGGAUGUGAUUGAACGAUUCUGGGAUUUCAUAGACCAGCUCAGCAUCAAUACUUUUGGGAAGUUCCUAGCAGAUAACAUAGUGGGCUCUGUGCUUGUCUUCUCCUUACUGUUUUGGAUUCCUCUCAGCAUCCUUGUGCACUGUGUGGACAAGAAAUUGGACAAACAGUACGAGGAGAACACAAAGUCCCUGUUUUGUCCCAGUAACGUGGAGAUGCUCAGCAGCCUGGACUCUGCCUCUGUUCGAAUCAUCAAGCCCUUCCCUGCGGCGCAGUCGACGAGCCGGCACCAGCCGCUGCAGCCCAUCACAGCCGUGCCUGCUGUCGCUGCAGCGCCCAAGCAGGACCACCAAAGAAUGGACACCAUUCAGGAGGACCCAAGCACUGACUCCCACAUCGAUGAGGACGGGUUUGAGAAGGACCCUUUCCCAAAUAGUAGCUCAGCCGCCAAAUCUUUUGAGGACUUGACAGACCAUCCUGUCAUUAGGAGCGAGAAAGCUUCGUCCUUCAAGCUGCAGCGCCAGAACCGGGUGGACAGCAAAGAAACAGAGUGCUAGUGUCUUGCUGCCUUCCAAAUGUGUGACUUGUGUCUGCAAAAUAAGGAUCUAAAACCAUUUCAUUUAUAUAAAUAUGAAUAUAUGUAUAUAUAUUUUUGUGAGGGAGUGGGAGAAAUAAGGAAGUGACCUACUGCAGAUGCUGGUCAUGUGUAUGACCUUCCUUAAAUUACAUCUAUUAGAGCAUUAUAUCUUUUAAAAAGGAAAAUCCAAACUCAGACUGGCUUGUAUUUGAAGCUUUUUGGGUUUGUUUUUCUACUUCCUUGACCUUUAACAUUUCCUUCGACCUGUGGUGCAAAACCAAAUCCUGCUGGAUAUUGGAUUGUGUAUAUCAGCCGUUUUUAUAACUUAAUAUUUUGUAGUCUGACAGCACUGAUUGAUAGACAGAAUUAAGGGCCUUUUAAAAACAAGGUGAAAACACUGCAGUAUGUUCCAUAUAGAGUAGAUCAUUUAGCAGUUUAAGGUACACGUAAGCCAAAGCCUAAACAAGAUGCUUGAGAGCAGAAUGGGAGUAGCGAAACAGAUAAAAAUAUGGUCUCAUAGCAUUGAAUGAUGAUGCAUAAUUGGAAUCAAGAAUCUUACCACAUACAGCUUCUAAAGAAAUAAAGAGCAUAGGGAGACUGUUAAACCUUACGUGCUGCAUGGAACUGGCCGUUCAGCAUGAAACUUGUGUCUCUAGCAGUGAGGUUGUCUUGUCUCCAUGGCAGAGAAGGGCUUUCUGUGGGAGUUUCCCACUCUGCGCUUGUGUGUUGCCAGGUAUCUGGUAGGAGAAGUGUAAGGGAAGAAAUCAUUUAUGUGGAUAGGCAGCUGUUUACAGUUGUUGUUUCAGUGCAGAAAUGUUUCUCCAGAUGUUACUUGGAAAUAACUAACACUAUUGUUGAGAUGUUCAAAGAGCUGAACCUCAGAUUUCUGGGGCCUGUGUGGCCUUUGGAAGCUCCUACUGCAUAAGGAAAUGGAGGAUGGUGGAAUUCACUCUGUUGCGGGGGGCGGGGGGAGGUAUUUGUUUAAUUGUGAAUUUGAUUAAAAAAUAAAAGAACCUUUGUUAAACGUACAGGGUCAGUGUAAGGAGGAGACAUCACGAGUUCAAAUUCCCACCCAGGGGGUAAAAUGUGAUGUUCAAAGCAGGCAGUUUAAUGGUGUCCUCUGGUACACCCGGAGACCUGUAAGGUAAGCAGGACUGGCACAGGAGGGUUGGUUUAACUCAGUAGCAGAGGGACUGACACAGUGGAGCCACAGAGCAACUGAUAGUAAAGCAGCAUCUUAGUUCUGCACCUGUUCUCUCCCACAGUAAUCUGUGGGUAAAACUGACCUAAAACAUGACAGGGUAGAACCAUUUGAACUGUUACAAGUCAGUGCUCAGGACAGAGGUGGAGGUGGAUUUACAUAUGAGGGGAAGUAACCGCUGCGGUGCAGAAGAGAUGGUGUGAGAGCCCCUCUCUUCCCCACCGCGGACACUUGUUACACUAAUACUUGAACCUUGUGUGCCUUACGGUAUUCCUGUCUGAGUAGCUAUUGUGUUUUAUAUACUGGUUUUGAACUUUGUUUGGGGGUUUUGUUGUUGUUGUUUGGGUUUUCUUUUUUUGAGUCAGUGCAAAGUCCAUGUGAGGAGUUAAUUUAAUUCCCAAUACAAUAAAAGCUUUUUAUAUUAAAAAAA